CGUAUCCCGUUUGUGUAUUUUUUCAAAUUACAUUUCUUACAAUGGCAAAAAAUGUGGCUCAGUCUCCUCUUGAGAGAUCUAGCUUGGCUUCACUUGAUCAAAAGCUGGCCAUGGCUAAGCGUUGCUCUCAUGAGGGUGUAAUUGCGGGAGCUAAGGCAGCUGUUGUCGCUGGCAUUGCCACAGCCAUUCCAACUCUGGCUAGUGUGAGAAUGUUGCCUUGGGCAAGAGCUAAUCUCAACCAUACGGCUCAAGCUCUCAUUAUCUCCACAGUGGCGGGCGCCGCAUACUUCAUAGUUGCUGACAAGACUGUUCUGGCGACGGCACGGAAGAAUUCUUUCAAGCACUCUAACAUGGAAGCAUAUUAGCUAUCAUUCAAACCCGAUCUUGAAUUGCUAUCAAGAUUCAAGAUUAAAUAUUCUGUCAUGGUUAUAAUCUUUUAAGAAGCAGCUUAGCAUGUAAACUCGUUAUCUGUAUAUAAAUAAA